ACACCAAAUUCUCUAAACAAAAAAGUCACUUUUUAAAUUGCAGCGAUGGUUCUCAGUGACGAAGAUGUAAAAAAACAGAUUGAUCAUAUGAUGGCAUUUAUCCAUCAAGAAGCCAAGGAGAAGGCAGAAGAAAUCGAAGCCAAGGCUGAGGAAGAGUUCAACAUUGAAAAGGGAAGAUUGGUGCAACAAGAACGAUUAAAAGUGAUGGGUUACUAUGAGAAGAAAGAAAAGCAGAUUGAUCUGCAGCGAAAAAUUCAAAGGUCUAACUUCUUAAAUCAAUCUCGUUUGCAAAUUUUGAAGAAUCAAGAUGACCACAUUCAGAAAAUUUUAGAAGAAGCUCGCCAAAAACUUGGAGAGGUUGCUAAAGAUCAAGCUAAAUACAAGCAGGUCCUCUGUGGCUUGUUGACACAAUGCUUGUUUCAAUUGCUCGAACCAACUGCUAAAAUUCGUUGUCGAAAAGCUGAUUUAGAGAUGGUGAAGGAAAUAAAGGAUGCAAGCUUAAAGGACUACAAGGAAAAAACAAAGAAUGAUUGUGAUCUUCAGAUUGACACCGAUAACUACUUGAGUGAAGAUAGCGCUGGUGGAAUUGAAUUGACUGCUAAAGGCGGACGUAUCAAAGUGACAAAUACGUUGGAGAGCAGAUUGACUCUUCUCAGUCGCCAGAUGCUGCCUGAAAUUAGAGAGUCGUUGUUUGGAAAGAAUCCCACCAGAAAAUUUUUGGAUUAAAAAAAAGGAGAAUUUGCACGAAUUUUUAGUGGAAUUUUUUUUAUAAAAGAGAAUUAAUUUAUUUUAAUGAAGUUCAGUCUGUUUAACAAUACAUAGCCAGAGAUCGUUCGCUAGUGAACCUAAGCACAAAUUUAUAUUUGCCUUGUUAUUUCUUUCAUCCACUGAUUAACAAAGACGAAACAUUGAUUUUUGUUCGGUAUAUACAAUGUAUUUAUAUAGCCACGUGAUUUGAAAUGAAACAAAUAUACGAUUUAAAAAAUGCCACUUCAA